AUGUUCAAGAAGACAAAGAAGCUGGUAAGCUUGAGUGAGCAACAGCUGGUGGACUGUUCUGGGAGUUCUGGAAACCAUGGCUGUAAUGGUGGCCUUGCAUUAAAGGCCUUUGACUACAUCAAGAAAAGUGGAGGCCUGGAGGCAGCGAACACCUAUCCAUACCAGGCCAUGGAAGGGCCGUGCAGGUUUAAUAACCGGAAAGCUAGGGCCAAGUGUUCCGCCUAUAAAAGGGUGCAGCAGACAGAAGGCGCUCUGAAGUACGCUGUGGCCACAGUUGGGCCUAUUUCUGUAUCUGCGGAUGUUUCCAAAGACAGCUUCCAGCUCUAUGUGUCAGGUGUGUAUGAUGAGCCAAACUGCAGCAGCACUAAGCUGGGUCACGCCAUGCUGGCUGUUGGUUACGGCACUGAUAAGCAGGGAAGGGACUACUGGCUGGUCAAGAACAGCUGGGGUGUUAAAUGGGGUGAAAAAGGCUACAUCAAGAUGUCCAGGAACAAGGGUAACCAGUGUGGUAUCGCCACAAGGCCCUCCUUCCCUGUGGUUUAAAGACUGGAGAGAGCCAGAACCUGAAAACCCCACAGAGGAGGAUCCACUUUGCUCAGAAUGCAUUUACUGAUUAAGCAAACAAAAACGUCUUUCUUCCGUCUUUCCCUUUUCUCUGUUUAAAAGUGGCUUUA